AUAUAACCCCCUAAAACUCCACCGUCUUCCAUUACUUCUAUAAGCAGCCUUGGGGCAUUACCAAGGUGGCCAAUUAAUAAAAAAAUGCAGGCCUCAGGCUGCUUCUUCCUCCUCCUCUCCUUGUUCCUCCUCUCAUCAUCACCCUUCACCUCUGCACUUUCCCACUCCCAAGCAAGUUUCAUUGCUCGUCGCCAAUUGUUACACUUUAAAGAGAAUGGUGAUCUCCCUGACUCCUACGUAGAUACCUACAAAACUGAUCUAACGUUCUCCAAUCCUAGGCUCAAGCGUGCUUACAUUGCACUUGAGGCAUGGAAAAAGGCCAUGUACUCUGACCCAACCAAUUUCACAGACAAUUGGGUGGGUGCUGAUGUUUGCUCUUACAAUGGGGUUUUCUGCGCUCCCGCGCUCGACGACCCCAAGAUUGAGGUAGUGGCUGGGAUUGAUCUCAACCACGCCGACAUCGCAGGUUACAUUCCUGUGGAGUUCGGUUUGUUGACAGAUCUCGCCCUCUUGCACAUUAACUCAAACAGGUUUUGUGGGGUUCUUCCAAAAAGCUUCUCCAACUUGAAGCUCAUGUUUGAGCUUGAUAUAAGCAACAACCGCUUCGUUGGGAAAUUCCCCGAACCUGUUCUUGAGCUUCCUGACAUCAAAUUCCUCGACAUUAGGUUCAAUGAAUUUGAAGGGCCGUUGCCUUCUGAGCUUUUCAACAAACCGCUCGACGCAAUUUUCUUGAACAAUAACCGUUUCACGUCGACGAUUCCAGACAAUUUGGGAUCUUCUCCAGCUUCGGUUAUUGUUGUAGCGAACAACCAUUUGAGCGGGUGCAUUCCUUCGAGCAUUGGUAACAUGGAGAAGACAUUGAAUGAGAUUGUGUUUAUCAACAACAACCUCACUGGGUGCUUGCCGGCGGAGAUCGGAAAGCUUAAACAGUUGAAUGUGUUUGAUGUGAGCGAGAACGUGAUCGUUGGGAUGUUGCCGAGGACAUUCAAGGGGCUCGAGCGCGUGGAGGAGUUGUCUAUUGCAGGGAACAAGCUCACCGGCUUUGUGCCACGUAGCAUCUGCAAUUUGCCGCGGUUGGUGAAUUUCACUUUCUCGAAUAACUAUUUCAAUGGUGAGGAAGAUGGUUGUGUGCCAGGUACCAAAAAGGAGAUUGUGUUGGAGGAUGCUAGCAACUGCAUUCCAGAUAGGCCCAAACAAAAGGCGGGAAGCGCUUGCAAUGUUGUUAUAAGCAAGCCUGUUGAUUGUGGCAAGGCCCAAUGUGGAAAUGGAAAUCCUUCUAAUUCCAAUUCUCCAUCUGAACCAAAACCAAAACCAACACCAACACCAUCAGUACCAAAGCCUGAGCCCAAGCCCACUCCUUCUCCCUCCAAUCCUUCAACACCAUAUGUACCAAAACCAACCCCUUCUUCACCAUCCAAUCCUUCAACACCAAAGCCACAACCUCAACCUACACCCACACCCUCCAACCCUCCAACAUUUGAGAAGCCAACACCAACACCACAACCCAAACCAACACCAACACCAACACCAACAACACCAUCACCAUCACCAUCAGUGCCGAAGCCUACUACCCCUCCAACUGAGAAGCCAACACCAUCAACGCCGGUGCCAAAGCCUACACCUACACCCUCUAACCCUCCAACUGAGAAGCCAACACCAUCAACGCCGGUGCCAAAGCCUACACCUACACCCUCUAACCCUCCAACUGAGAAGCCAACACCAUCAACGCAGGUGCCAAAGCCUACACCUACACCCUCUAACCCUUCAACUGAGAAGCCAACACCAUCUACGCCGGUGCAAAAGCCUACACCUACACCCUCUAACCCAUCAACGGAGAAGCCAACAUCACCACCAUCAUCCACACCUAGUCCUACACCUUCGAAACCCAAUCCAACACCUGAAAUCCCAUCAACUCCGGUAGAGGGACCUGAGGAAGAUCCUUUUGAACCAGCACCCAAACAUCCACACAGGCGUCCCCAUAAUAGCCCUCCACCACCAGUUCAGUCCCCACCCCCACCGGUUCACUCUCCUCUACCACCAGUUCACUCUCCUCCUCCACCGGUUCACUCCCCACCACCACCAGUUCACUCCCCACCGCCACCAGUCCACUCCCCACCACCACCGGUGCAUUCUCCUCCUCCACCAGUCCACUCCCCACCGCCACCAGUCUACUCCCCACCACCACCGGUGCACUCUCCUCCUCCACCAGUCCACUCCCCACCACCACCCGUGCACUCUCCACCGCCACCGGUUCAUUCUCCUCCUCCACCAGUCCACUCCCCACCACCACCGGUCCACUCCCCACCACCACCGGUUCAUUCUCCUCCUCCACCAGUCUAUUCUCCACCACCACCGGUGCACUCUCCUCCUCCACCAGUCCACUCCCCACCACCACCCGUGCACUCUCCACCGCCACCGGUUCAUUUUCCUCCUCCACCAGUCCACUCUCCACCACCACCGGUCCACUCUCCUCCUCCACCGGUCCACUCCCCACCACCACCGGUCCAUUCCCCACCACCACCAGUGCACUCUCCACCACCACCAGUUUAUUCCCCACCACCACCGGUCCACUCUCCUCCUCCACCAGUCCAAUCCCCACCACCACCGGUCAACUCUCCACCACCACCUGCUCCGAUGGAUGAUGUCAUUCUUCCCCCUAUCUUUGGCGCUUCAUAUGCUUCACCACCUCCACCAGUCAUCGCCGGCUACUAAAGAGGGGUGCUCCACAACUUUCAGCCACUUUGAUUAGUUCCAAGCUGCCUAUAAAAGCUGUUCAUCACGAGCCAUAUCAAGGCUACAAGAAUUGUUUUCUGUUCCUUCUUUAAUUUUGUCUGAUGAUUUAUAUGGAAGAGCAAAAAUUGAAGAUUCUGUAUUGUAAAGUAUGUAGAAUUGUUGUAACUUCCAAUCUUUUCUCAUUGUAUUAUCAUCAGAACAUAAACCCUUUUUGCA